UUUUUUUUCUCUCUGAGGCGAUCAAAGAGUUCAACUCGCUGCUCUUCACUGCUUCUCCGAAAUGGAAGACUUAGAAUAAGCCUCGUCGCUUUAACAUAACCCGCUAAAGUUGUUUACGUUCCGCGAUAACGUUUCCCCGUUUUUUUUUUGUACCCCGUUUAAAAGUAAGCUGCAUUAAAUCAGCUUAGCGAUGCUAAUGCUAAUGUUAGCACAAACAAACCAGCUGGAUUGUCGAUGGCGGCUUGUUUGUUUUCCCAGCAUCACCAGCGACCUUUAAAUCUAUAUUUAAAGGACAAUAUGGCCACCAUCGUCGCUGUCAGUCCCAGUGAAUAUCUUCAGCCUUCCUCCGCCACCACACAGGACAGUCAGCCGUCCCCUCUGGCCCUGCUGGCAGCCACCUGCAGUAAGAUCGGACCUCCUGCGGCUCAAGCCCCCGUCAGCUCCCCGCCAUCGGGGCUGCAGCCUCGCCGCCUCCUGCCCAUCAAGCCGGCGCCCAUCGCGCCCGCCCCGCCGAAAAACCUGAGCUUCCUGCAAGCUAAGGGCAAUGUGAUCCAGCUCCCCUCCGGCCUCGGCGCCACCGCCCCCGGCAGCCCCAUCGUGCUCACCAUCCAGCAGAGCCCGGCCCACCCCGGCCCCCAGGCCACGGGCAACAUCCAGUACCAGGUGAUGCCGCAGAUCCAGGGCGCGCAGACCAUCCAGGUGAUGCCUCAGGGGGGCCAGAUCCAGCUCAUUCCGGGGACCAACCAGGCGAUCAUCACCACCCCCAUGUCUGUGCCGGCCCCGGCGGCCACCACCCCCGCCAUCGCCCCCCACCCGACACAAAAGACUGUCGCGAUCAAGCCCUCGUCCAAGGGGAAGAAGUCCAUCGCCGCCAACGUGGUGCAGCUGCCGGGCGGACUCACGCUGCCCCUCAACGUGGCGACGGGAGAGGUGGGCGGGGCUCAGAUUGUAACCGAGGCGGCGGCAGCGGCGGACCCCGCUGCGGGAAAGGCACGACGGGGGAGGAAGAAGAAAGCGGCGCUGGUGACUCAAGCUCCGGCGCUUCCUCCGCCUCUGCCGCAGGCUCCUUCUCCGCCCCCAGAUCAGCUGGAGACCAUCUUGAUCGAAGCUGGGGACAACAUCAUUCAGGCAGGGAACAACCUGCUGAUCCUGCAGAGUCCAGGCCAGCCGGCUGUGGUCCAGCAGGUGCAGCUGGUGCCAUCCAAACAGGACUCUCAGGUGGUCCAGAUCCCCCAGCAGGCUCUCAAGGUGGUCCAAGCUGCCUCUGCCUCGCUGCCACAGGUCCCGCAAAGACCGCCGUCGGCCUCCUCCGCUCUGCAGGUGGCGUCACCAGAGGCCACGCCCACACAGAUCCUGUUUAAGACCGGGUCGGGUGAGUGGCGGUCCGUCCAACUCCAGGAUGCCGCGGUUUCCACGGCGACAACACCCACCACCCCCGCUUUACCAGCCCCUUGCGCCAAGAGGGCGCACGCGGGGGCGCGGCGGGAGCGCACCCUGGCGAAGAUUGCGCCCGCGGGAGGGAUGAUGACGCUGAACACGUCGCAAAUGACCUCAGCGGCCCAGGCGGUGCAGACCAUCAGCAUCAACGGCGUGCAAGUUCAGGGAGUUCCUGUCACCAUCACUAAUGCGGGAGGCCAGCAGCACCUGACGGUACAGACCAUGCAGGGCGGCGGUCUCCAGCUGGCGACGGGUCAGUCCACCAUCCACAUGGACCAGACGCUCACGCUGGAGCUUCCCAGUCACGUGGGCGAGAAGAAGCGACGCAUGGCGUGCACCUGCCCUAACUGCAAAGACCUAGACAAGAGGCCGGGCGACGUGGGCAAGAGGAAGCACAUCUGUCACGUUCCCGGCUGCGAGAAGACCUUCCGCAAAACCUCGCUCCUCCGAGCCCACGUCCGUCUGCACACGGGCGAGCGGCCCUUCGUCUGCAGCUGGGUCUUCUGCGGCAAGCGGUUCACGCGCAGCGACGAGCUGCAGCGGCACGCCCGCACACACACAGGGGACAAACGCUUUGAGUGCUCGCAGUGUCAGAAACGCUUCAUGAGGAGCGACCACCUGACGAAGCAUUACAAGACUCACAUAAACACCAAGAACCUGUGAGAAGACUCCAGACAAACUCACUUGUCCCAUAGUGGGACACCCCUGACGCCCCCACCUCCCCUACAGCCCCCGCCGGUAGGAAGAAAAUGUCUGCCAGUGGUUCCAACAUGUGCUCAGCACUGCCUGGCGCCACUCCGGGUCCCCUCCAUUUCAUCACGGCAGUCGCCCACAGGAGCCAUGCCCUCCGCCCGCUUUUUAAAGCCGCACCUUCCGGACUUCCUCUGGAGCGACGUGACCCCGAUCCCAGGCCAGGAUGAGCCACGCACAUCUUCACCCGGGGGCAGGAACAGCCAAUCAUGGUUGAGAAGCUGCUGCAUCGUCACGGUAACCAAGACAUGAGAGGGGGUGCCAUUAUUCAAACUUAAUGAGUCUCUUUAAGGCAGGGGUGUCUAAAAUGUCUCCACUGAGGGCCGCUCACUGAGAAAUCGAAUCAUGCAGAGGGCCGUUUUGCUAUUUUUCAUUCAAAUAUAGAAUCUUUGGGACCACACGAUUCGAUUCUUAGGGAUAACAAUUCAAUUCAUGAACUAUUAUUUUAUUAAUAAAAUUGGGUGCCAGUUCUAUAAUUAACUACAUUCCUCCUUAAAGUAGACAAACAGCUCUAAUACAUUUAUAUGUUACUUAAAAGAAAACCUGUUUUGUUGAAUUAAAUUCAAUCCAAACAUUUAUUAAAGUCAAAUACAAAUAAGGCAAAAAUAGAAGUAGCCGACAUUUCUCCUUUCCAAAGUAAAUAUGUACAGCAGAUACAGAUCUACAUCAAUUAUAUGAUUAAAAAAAAAAUACAAAUCAAAAUGUGUUUUUUUUAUUAUAAUUUUUUUUGAAUCUAUUAAAAACUGUUACAAAAUAAAAUCACGGUUAAUUUCAAUUUUUUUUGGACAAGCCUAAAGUAUAUAGAUUUUUUUUUUUUAACCUUCAUAGCUCCUCUCAAGUUUGGUCCCAUAGAUCUAAAAAGGAUCUCAAACAUUUUUAAAAUAAUUAUAUAUAUAUAUUUUUUUUAUUCAAUUCUUAAAUCUACAUCAAUUUUACAUCCAUCUGUCGAUGUAAAGUUUUUUUUUAAUGAUUAUACCCUUUUUGCCAAAACCUGUUUUAAUAUGGCAAAAAACACAAAAUUUGCCAUAUUUUACCCCCCAAAAAAUGUCAAAGUGUAAUAUUUGAUGUCAAGUAACUUGGAGCCUUCAAUAGGUCAAUAAUUCAUAACAUUGAUUUUAAGUCAUUAUUUUUGUGCAAUGACAGUUUAUAAAAACAAUUAACUAAAUGAUCAGGGAUACAAAAGGGUACCACUCAUUAAAGUGUGAAAAAUAAGUCAUAAUUUCGUAUUUUGACUAAUGUUUAAGUCUCGAGAUCAUCUUCAUUAUCAGUCGAUAAAAAGUAAAAAAAUAAAUAAAAAGUUUUUAAUUUUUAUGCUCUCUUUAUCAGAACCUGUUUUUUUCAAUGGCAAAAACACAACAUAUGCAAAGUGUAAUACUUGAAGUAAAGAAAUUGGAGCCUUAAAUAGGUCAAUAAUUUAUAAGAUUGAUUUCAUGUCGUUAUUUUUAAGCAUUGACAGUUUAAAAAAAAAAAUCCCACUAAAAUUUUUAGGGACCCGAAAGGGUCCCACUUAUAAAUUGUUAAAUUAUGUCUUACAAAUUUGUUAUUUCUUUUUUACAAUUUCAGAUCUAUCCGCCGAUAACAACUUUUUAUUUCAUUUAGUUUGUUUUAUGCCCUUUUUGUCCAAGAAAACUUUGUUGUUUAUAUGGCAAAUAUGCCAUGUUUUUCCCAAAAUAUUUUUCAAAGUGAAAUAUUUGAUGUGAAGUCAUUGGAGCCUUAAAUAAGUCAAUAAUUCAUAACAUUGAUUUCAUGUUUUUAUUAUUGAGCAAUGACCGUUAAAAGAAAAUCCCACUAAAAUUAAAAAAAAAAAUCCCACUAAAAUUCUCACUCAUAAAAGUGUUAAAUUAUCUCUCACAAUUUUUUUAUUCCUUUUUUAACAAAUUCAGAUCUAUCCGCCGAUAACAACUUUUUAUUUAAUUUAGUUUGUUUUAUGCCUUUUUUGUCCAAGAAAAGGUUGUAGUUUGCCAUAUAAUAAUAAUGUAUUAGAUUUUAUAUCACGCAAACACACCAAACAUGCCAUAUUUUCCCCCAAAUAUUUUUCAAACUACAAUAUUUGAUGUGAAGUCAUUGGAGCCUUAAAUAGGUCAAUAACAUUGAUUUCAAUGACAGUUAAAAAAAAUCCCACUAAAAUUCUCAAAGACCCUUCCCACUCAUAAAAGUAUUAAAUUAUGUCUUAGAAUUUUUAAUGUAUUUUUUACAACUUCAGAUCUAUCCGCCGAUAACAACUUUUUAUUUAAUUUAGUUUGUUUUAUGCCCUUUUUUGUCCAAGAAAACCUUUUUGUUUAUAUGGCAAACACACCAAACAUGCCAUAUUUUCCCCAAAAUAUUUUUCAAAGUGCAAUAUUUUGAUGUGAAGUCAUUGGAGCCUUAAAUGAGUUAAUAAUCCCACUAAAAAAUCCCACUAAAAUUCUCGACAACCCUUUCCCACUCAAAAAAUUGUUAAAUUAUGUCUUACAAUAUUUAUUGUAUUUUUUUUACAACUUCAGAUCUAUCCGCAGAUAACAACUUUUUAUUUCAUUUAGUUUGUUUUAUGCCUUUUUUGUCCAAUAAAAGGUUGUUGUUUACAUGGCAAACACACCAAACAUGCCAUAUUUUCCCCAAAAUAUUUUUCAAAGUGAAAUAUUUGAUGUGAAGUCAUUGGAGCCUUAAAUAGUUCAAUAAUUCAUAACAUUGAUUUCAUGUUUUUAUUAUUGAGCAAUGACAGUUAAAAGAAAAUCCCACUAAAAUAAAAAAUCCCACUAAAAUUCUCACUCAUAAAAGUGUUAAAUUAUGUCUCACAUUUUUUUUAUUUCUUUUCUACAACUUCAGAUCUAUCCGCCGAUAACAACUUUUUAUUUCAUUUAGUUUGUUUUAUGCCCUUUUUGUCCAAGAAAAGGUUGUAGUUUGCCAUAUAAUAAUAUUAAUAAUAAUGUAUUAGAUUUUAUAUCACGCAAACACACCAAACAUGCCAUAUUUUCCCCAAAAUAUUUUUCAAACUACAAUAUUUGAUGUGAAGUCAUUGGAGCCUUAAAUAGGUCAAUAACAUUGAUUUCAAUGACAGUUAAAAAAAAUCCCACUAAAAUUCUCAGAGACCCUUCCCACUCAUAAAAGUAUUAAAUUAUGUCUUAGAAUUUUUAAUGUAUUUUUUACAACUUCAGAUCUAUCCGCCGAUAACAACUUUUUAUUUAAUUUAGUUUGUUUUAUGCCCUUUUUUGUCCAAGAAAACCUUUUUGUUUAUAUGGCAAACACACCAAACAUGCCAUAUUUUCCCCAAAAUAUUUUUCAAAGUGCAAUAUUUUGAUGUGAAGUCAUUGGAGCCUUAAAUGAGUUAAUAAUCCCACUAAAAAAUACCACUAAAAUUCACAGAGACCCUUCCCACUCAUAAAAGUGAUAAAUUAUGUCUUACAAUUUUUGAUUUAUUUUUUACAACUUCAGAUCUAUUCGCCGAUAACAACUUUUUGUUUAAUUUAGUUUGUUUUAUGCCCUUUUUGUCCAAGAAAAGGUUGUUGUUUAUAUGACAAACACACAAAACAUGCCAUAUUUCCCCCAAAAUAUUUUUCAAAGUACAAUAUUUGAUGUGAAGUCAUUGGAGCCUUAAAUAGGUCAAUAAUUCAUAACAUUGAUUUCAUGACGUUAUUUUUGAGCAGUGACAGUUAAAAAAAAAAGAAAAUCCCACUAAUAUUCUCAGAGACCUUUCCCACUCAAAAAAUUGUUAAAUUAUGUCUUACAAUAUUUAAUGUAUUUUUUACAACUUCAGAUCUAUCCGCCGAUAACAACUUUUUAUUUCAUUUAGUUUGUUUUAUGCCCUUUUUGUCCAAGAAAACUUUGUUGUUUAUAUGGCAAAUAAACAAAACAUGCCAUAUUUUCCCCAAAAUAUUUUUCAAAGUGCAAUAUUUUGAUGUGAAGUCAUUGGAGCCUUAAAUAGUUCAAUAAUUCAUAACAUUGAUUUCAUGUUUUUAUUAUUGAGCAAUGAACAUUAAAAUAAAAUCCCACUAAAAUAAAAAUAAAAAAUCCCACUAAAAUUCUCACUCAUAAAAGUGUUAAAUUAUCUCUCACAAUUUUUUUAUUCCUUUUUUACAACUUCAGAUCUAUCCACCGAUAACAACUUUUUAUUUCAUUUAGUUUGUUUAAUGCCCUUUUUGUCCAAGAAAAGGUUGUAGUUUGCGUGAUAUAAAAUCAAAUACAUUAUUAUUAUUAUUAUUAUUAUUAUUAUUAUUAUUAUAUGGCAAACACACAAAACAUGCCAUAUUUUCCCCAAAAUAUUUUUAAAACUACAAUAUUUGAUGUGAAGUAAUUAGAGCCUUAAAUAGGUCAAUAACAUUAAUUUCAAUGACGGUUAAAAAAAAUUCCACUAAAAUUCUCAGAGACCCUUCCUACUCAUAAAAGUAUUACAAUUUUUAAUGUAUUUUUUACAACUUCAGAUCUAUCCGCCGAUAACAACUUUUUAUUUCAUUUAGUUUGAGCUGGCGACUUGUCCAGGGUGUACCCCGCCUUCCGCCCGAUUGUAGCUGAGAUAGGCGCCAGCGCCCCCCGCGACCCCAAAAGGGAAUAAGCGGUAGAAAAUGGAUGGAUGGAUGGAUGGAUAGUUUGUUUUAUGCCCUUUUUGUCCAAGAAAAGGUUGUUGUUUACAUGGCAAACACACCAAACAUGCCAUAUUUUCCCCCAAAUAUUUUUCAAAGUGAAAUAUUUGAUGUGAAGUCAUUGGAGCCUUAAAUAGUUCAAUAAUUCAUAACAGUGAUUUCAUGUUUUUAUUAUUGAACAAUGACAGUUAAAAGAAAAUCCCCCUAAAAUAAAAAAUCCCACUAAAAUUCUCACUCAUAAAAGUGUCAAAUUAUGUCUCACAAUUUUUUUAUUCAUUUUUUACAACUUCAGAUCCAUCCGCCGAUAACAACUUUUUAUUUCAUUUAGUUUGUUUUAUGCCCUUUUUGUCCAAGAAAAGGUUGUAGUUUGUGUGAUAUAAAAUCUAAUACAUUAUUAUUAUUAUUAUUAUUAUUAUUAUUAUUAUUAUAUGGCAAACACACAAAACAUGCCAUAUUUUCCCCAAAAUAUUUUUCAAACUACAAUAUUUGAUGUGAAGUCAUUGGAGCCUUAAAUAGGUCAAUAACAUUGAUUUCAAUGACAGUUAAAAAAAAUCCCACUAAAAUUCUCAGAGACCCUUCCCACUCAUAAAAGUAUUAAAUUAUGUCUUUGAAUUUUUAAUGUAUUUUUUACAACUUCAGAUCUAUUCGCCGAUAACAACUUUUUGUUUAAUUUAGUUGGUUUUAUGCCCUUUUUAUCAAUGAAAACUUUGUUGUUUAUAUGGCAAACACACCAAACAUGCCUUAUUUUCCCCAAAAUAUUUUUCAAAGUGCAAUAUUUUGAUGUGAAUUGGAGCCUUAAAUGAGUUAAUAAUCCCACUAAAAAAUCCCACUAAAAUUCUCAGAGACCCUUCCCACUCAUAAAAGUGAUAAAUUAUGUCUUACAAUUUUUGAUUUAUUUUUUACAACUUCAGAUCUAUUCGCCGAUAACAACUUUUUGUUUAAUUUAGUUUGUUUUAUGCCCUUUUUGUCCAAGAAAAGGUUGUUGUUUAUAUGACAAACACACAAAACAUGCCAUAUUUUCCCCAAAAUAUUUUUAAAAGUACAAUAUUUGAUGUGAAGUCAUUGGAGCCUUAAAUAGGUCAAUAAUUCAUAACAUUGAUUUCAUGUUUUUAUUAUUGAGCAAUGAACAUUAAAAUAAAAUCCCACUAAAAUAAAAAUAAAAAAUCCCACUAAAAUUCUCACUCAUAAAAGUGUUAAAUUAUCUCUCACAAUUUUUUUAUUCCUUUUUUACAACUUCAGAUCUAUCCACCGAUAACAACUUUUUAUUUCAUUUAGUUUGUUUAAUGCCCUUUUUGUCCAAGAAAAGGUUGUAGUUUGCGUGAUAUAAAAUCAAAUACAUUAUUAUUAUUAUUAUUAUUAUUAUUAUUAUAUGGCAAACACACAAAACAUGCCAUAUUUUCCCCAAAAUAUUUUUAAAACUACAAUAUUUGAUGUGAAGUAAUUAGAGCCUUAAAUAGGUCAAUAACAUUAAUUUCAAUGACGGUUAAAAAAAAUUCCACUAAAAUUCUCAGAGACCCUUCCUACUCAUAAAAGUAUUACAAUUUUUAAUGUAUUUUUUACAACUUCAGAUCUAUUCGCCGAUAACAACUUUUUAUUUCAUUUAGUUUGUUUUAUGCCCUUUUUGUCCAAGAAAACUUUGUUGUUUACAUGGCAAACACACCAAAUAUGCCAUAUUUUCCCCAAAAUAUUUUUCAAAGUGCAAUAUUUUGACGUGAAGUCAUUGGACCCUUAAAUAGUUCAAUAAUUCAUAACAGUGAUUUCAUGUUUUUAUUAUUGAACAAUGACAGUUAAAAGAAAAUCCCCCUAAAAUAAAAAAAUCCCACUAAAAUUCUCACUCAUAAAAGUGUCAAAUUAUGUCUCACAAUUUUUUUAUUCAUUUUUUACAACUUCAGAUCUAUCCGCCGAUAACAACUUUUUAUUUCAUUUAGUUUGUUUUAUGCCCUUUUUGUCCAAGAAAAGGUUGUAGUUUGUGUGAUAUAAAAUCUAAUACAUUAUUAUUAUUAUUAUUAUAAUUAUUAUUAUAUGGCAAACACACGAAACAUGCUAUAUUUUCCCCAAAAUAUUUUUCAAACUACAAUAUUUGAUGUGAAGUCAUUAGAGCCUUAAAUAGGUCAAUAACAUUCAUUUCAAUGACAGUUAAAAAAAAUCCCACUAAAAUUCUCAGAGACCCUUCCCACUCAUAAAAGUAUUACAAUUUUUAAUGUAUUUUUUACAACUUCAGAUCUAUUCGCCGAUAACAACUUUUUAUUUCAUUUAGUUCUUUUCAUGCCCUUUUUGUCCAAGAAAACGUUGUUGUUUACAUGGCAAACACACCAAACAUUCCAUAUUUUCCCCAAAAUAUUUUUCAAAGUGCAAUAUUUUGAUGUGAAGUCAUUGGAGUCUUAAAUAGCUCAAUAAUUCAUAUCAGUGAUUUCAAUAACAGUUAAAAAAAAAAUACCACUAAAAUUCUCAGAGACCCUUCCCACUCAUAAAAGUGUUAAAUUAUGUCUUACAAUAUUUAAUUUAUUUUUUACAACUUUAGAUCCAUCCGCCGGUAACUUUUUACUUCAUUUAGUUUAUUUUAUGCCCUUUUUGUCCAAGAAAAGGUUGUUGUUUACAUGGCAAACACACCAAACAUGCUAUAUUUUCCCCAAAAUAUGUUUAAAGUGCAGUAUUUGAUAAUUGGAGCCUUAAAUAGGUCAACAGUCCACAACACUGAUUUUGAUUCAUUAUUAUUUUUUGAGCAAUGCCAGUUUUAAAGUCAUUGCUUUCACCUUUUUGCCCUUUUUAUUUUAUUUUUUUCUGCAUAGCAUUUCUAGAAUGUGCCACUUUGGGCCGCACUUUGGACACACUGCUUUAAAGGAAUCAUUGAGUUGGAGGAACAUAAUAUGAGGCGGAACAAAGACUGGGGGCCAAGGAUGCCCUCUCUGGAUGAACUAAUCCUGUAUGGCGGACAUGUUUGUUGUUAAUGUUCGACGUGGCCAGUAUUGUACGUUGUUGCUGUACCGCCUGACACCCAACCACCGCUUCAACAGCUCCGCGCUGACGUCCACGUGUCAAUGGUGUGUGUGUGUGUGUUAUUCCCCAGACCUGUUCUUCCGGGUGCGCGGGAGCCGGACGUGACAACGUCCUCGUUGUGACAAUCACAGUAACAAAGCGUGAGGGGGCGGGGGGGGCGUGGUCACUUGCUAUGUGAUAGCUCGAAGGCCACACCCACUUUACCUUCCCAGUAACGGGCUCGACUCGGCGUUGUUUCUGUCUGUGCACUUCCUGUUGUCAUCGGUGCACUUCCUGUUGUCAUCGGUGCACUUCCUGUGGUCGUCGUCGGCCUGCAGGAAGAGGACACUGUGCACCGUGUGACGUGACAUUGUACGGCUUCAUUCCUGUUCCGGAUUGUUCUCCAGGACACGGAAUAUACGCCUUAGACCCUCUAUUUAAAUGUUUGUGUUAAUUUAUACAUGCUGACGUCAUGUGCACUGAUUCAAACACCGCGAUGUGUGCAUUGAUUGCCCUAAGAAGUAAAUGUCAAUGAAUUUGCCCUCCAAACUAAACUUAUUUUGUUGCCCCGAGUCAAAUGCUUCCCCCCUUUGGUCCAAUGAUGUCCCCCGCUGCCAACUGCUGUGCCUUUCAGCAGAACCCAAGACCAGCAGUUCCUUUUCUACACUGUACAAGGUGCUCCUUUUCUACAAGCGGCCCACAAAUAAACAACUCAAACCCA